GCGUACCUGAGGAAUCCUCCUCUCCGCGGCCGCCGGCAGUGGCGGAAGCGCACGCUUCUCGCGCUGUCUCCUGGCACCUAGGCGAGACUUCAGCUCUCGCGAGAGAGGACUGCGCCUGCGCAGAAUCGAGGACGCGUCCGGCGCCGAGACAUUCAAACUGGUGGCGGGAGGCUGUGAGGUGAGCGGUGGCGUCCACGGACGUCUGGAGCCCUUCCCCGCUGUGCUCAUCAUGGACCCGAUCCGGAACUUCUGCGGGAAGCUGCGGUCUCUGGCCAGCACGCUAGACUGCGAGACGGCCCGGCUACAGCGAGCGCUGGACGGAGAGGAAAGUGACUUUGAAGAUUAUCCAAUGAGAAUUUUGUAUGACCUUCAUUCAGAAGUUCAGACUCUAAAGGAUGAUGUUAAUAUUCUUCUUGAUGAAGCAAGAUUGGAAAGUCAAGAAAGCAUUGAUUUCAUGAAGGCAACAAAAAUACUAAUGGAAAAAAAUUCAAUGGAUAUUAUGAAAAUAAGGGAGUAUUUCCAGAAAUAUGGAUAUAGUCCACGUGUCAAGAAAAAUUCAGUGCACGAACAAGAAGCCAUUAACUCUGACACAGAGUUAUCUAAUUGUGAAAAUUUUCAGGAGCCUGAUGUGAACAAUGAUGAGAACAGGUCUGAUCCUCCUGUAGCAAGCAGUUGUAUUUCUGACAAGUCUCCACGUAGUCCACAACUUUCAGAUUUCGGACUUGAGCGGUACAUAGUAUCCCAAGUUCUACCAAACCUUCCGCAGUCAGUGAACAACUAUAAGGAAGAGCCCGUAAUUUUAACUCCACCUACCAAACAGUCACUAGUAAAAGUACUAAAAACUCCAAAAUGUGAACUAAAAAUGGAUGAUUUUGAGUGUGUAACUCCUAAAUUAGAACACUUUGGUAUCUCUGAAUAUACUAUGUGUUUAAAUGAAGAUUACACAAUGGGACUUAAAAAUGUGAGGAAUAAUAAAAGUAAGGAGAGCGCAGAUACAGAAUCGAGGCCCAAUGAUAAUGUUUUUACCACUCCUGGCCCUACCAUCCAGCAGUUGGGAAAAAGUGAUGCCGAGUUGACAGAUUCUCCUUUGGUACCUACAUUGUGUACUCCUGGUUUGAAAAUUCCAUCUACGAAGAACAGCAUAGCUUUGGUAUCCACAAAUUACCCAUUACCAAAAACAAAUUGUUCAUCAAACGAUUUGGAAGUUAAAGAUUGUACUUCGUUGGUUUUAAAUUCAGACACAUGCUUUGAGAAUUUAACAGAUCUCUCUUCACCUACGAUUUCUUCUUAUGAGAAUCUUCUCAGAACACCUACACCUCCAGAAGUAACUAAAAUUCCAGAAGAUAUUCUCCAGGUUAUUUUUCCAGGCUAUUUUUUUUUUUCUGAUAUUCUUUCAAAGUGAAGUACUUAAAGACCUGAAACUGCAUAUAAACUGUCUUAUUUAUCAUUGGGCUAAUGUGCUAAUUUUGGUGAUGAGAAAAUCUAAAUUCUAGGCUGUCAGGACCUUAUUUUCUAAUACUUGUUCAACUGUGGCUUCCUUACUGAUCAUGGUUCCAUUAGAAGUGUUGCUGGCAAAGUCAGUAAAGUCAUUUAUUUACACUACGAUUUCCCAGAGCCAGGGUAUCAUGAAUUUAUGAUGCUGUAUUUUUACUGUACAUUUUCUAUGCUUAGAUAUACAAGUACCACUGUGUAGCAAGUGCCUACACUAUUGAGGACAGUUACAUGCUGUUCAGGUUUGUAGCCUAGGAGCAAUAGGCUAUACCAUAUGCCUAGGUGCGUAGUAGGGUAUACUGUCUAGGUUUAUGUAAGUACUGUGGUGUUCACACACAGUGAAAUCGUAAUGAUGCAUUUCUCAAGUUGUAUCCCCAUUGUU